AUGGAAGACAUCUUGAAUGGUGUGGAAGACAUCUUGACUAGUGUGGAAGAUAUCUUGAAUGGUGUGAAAGACAUUUUGACUUGUGUGGAAGACAUCUUGAGUGGAGUGGAAGACAUACUGAGUGGUGUGGAAGACAACUUGACUAGUGUGGAAGACAUCUUGACUGCUGUGGAAGACCUUUUGACUGGUGAGGAAGACAUCUUGACUGCUGUGGAAGACCUUUUGACUGGUGUGGAAGACAUCUUGAGUGGAGUGGAAGACAUACUGAGUGGUGUGGAAGACAUCUUGACUGGAAUGGAAGACAACUUGACUGGUGUGGAAGAUAUUUUGACUGGUGUGGAAGACAUCUUGACUGGUGCGGAAGACAUCUUGACUGGUGUGGAAGACAUCUUGAGUGGAGUGGAAGCCAUCUUGAGUGGUGUGGAAGACAUCUUGAGUGGAGUGGAAGCCAUCUUGAGUGGAGUGGAAGCCAUCUUGAGUGGUGCGGAAGACAUCUUGACUGGUGUGGAAGACAACUUGACUAGUGUAGAAGACAACGUGACUGGUGUGGAAGCCAUCUUGACUGCUGUGGAAGCCAUCUUGACUGCUGUGGAAGACAACUUGACUGGUGUGGAAGACCUUUUUACUAGUGUGGAAGCCAUCUUGACUGCUGUGGAAGACCUUUUGACUGGUGUGGAAGACAACUUGACUGGUGUGGAAGACCUUUUGACUGGUGUGGAAGCCAUCUUCACUGACAACUUGACUAGUGUGGAAGACAACUUGACUGGUGUCGAAGCCAUCUUGACUAGUGUGGAAGCCAUCUUGACUGCUGUGGAAGACAACUUGAGUGGUGUGGAAGACAUUUUGACUGCUGUGGAAGACCUUUUGACUGGUGUGGAAGACAACUUGACUGGUGUGGAAGCCAUCUUGACUGCUGUGGAAGACAACUUGACUGCUGUGGAAGACCUUUUGACUGGUGUGGAAGACAACUUGACUAUUGUAGAAGACAACUUGACUAGUGUGGAAGCCAUCUUGGCUGCUGUGGAAGACCUUUUGACUGGUGUGGAAGACAACUUGACUGCUGUGGAAGACAACUUGACUGCUGUGGAAGACCUUUUGACUGGUGUGGAAGACAACUUGACUAGUGUGGAAGACAACUUGACUGGUGUGGAAGCCAUCUUGGCUGCUGUGGAAGACCUUUUGACUGGUGUGGAAGACAACUUGACUAGUGUUGAAGACAACUUGACUAGUGUGGAAGCCAUCUUGACUAGUGUGGAAGCCAUCUUGGCUGCUGUGGAAGACCUUUUGACUGGUGUGGAAGACAACUUGACUGCUGUGGAAGACAUUUUGACUGGUGUGGAAGACAACUUGACUAGUGUGGAAGACAUCUUGACUGUGAAUGAUGAUGAUGACGAGGACGAUGAUGGUGAAGCUGAGGAAGACGAUGAUGGUGGUGAUGAUAGUGACGAGGACGAUGAUGGUGAUGAUGAUGGUGAUGGUAAUGAGGAUGAGGACGAUUAUGGUGACGAGGACGAUGAUAGUGAUGAUGAUGACGAGGGACGAUGA